AUGGCAAUUGCCAAAUUCGCUGGUGGAUGGGCUUUCAACUCCAAAGCAAUGACCGCCGAUGCAUGGCAUAGCAUCACAGAUCUCGCAUCCGAUAUCUUGACACUCGCGACAGUUACAUGGAGUCUCAAACCACCAACAGACAAGUUCCCCAUGGGCUUUGGCAAGGUAGAGAGUCUGGGAUCACUCGGUGUCUCGAGCAUGCUCUUGGCCGGAGGUCUUUACAUGGGCUGGGACAGCGGUAUCAGUCUUUAUGGACACUUUUACCCUGAAGCCGCACAUGGUAUCCUGGAACACGUCGGACACGGCCAUAGCCAUUCUCAUGGAGCUGCAGCACUCGGGAUCCCGAGUAUGCAUGCCGCUUGGCUUGCAGCAGGGACCAUUCUGAUUAAGGAAUGGCUUUACCAUGCGACAAUGAAGGUUGCUCGAGAACGUAAAUCGUCGGUUCUUGCAUCGAACGCCAUUCAUCACCGAGUCGACAGUUUAACAGGGUUCGUCACUUUGGCAGCCAUCAUGGGAGCUAAUGCAAUGGAGAACGCGGCGUGGCUGGAUCCCGUCGGCGGUCUUCUCAUUUCCAUCAUGGUUAUCCAGGCUGGUGCCGGAAACACAGUUGCUGCUUUUCGCGAACUGGCAGACCAGGGCAUUGAUGAUGAGAUCAAGUCUUCAGUAACAAAACAGGCCAACAAAGCACUGAAGAACGUGGUUGAAGGACACCAAGUUGCUCUACGCGAAGUGAGCGGUAUCAAAUCAGGCCAGAAUUAUCUUGUGGACCUCGAGAUGACCGUACCUGGUGCGUGGUCUGUUGACACAACACAGCAAGUCGAAGACGCGGUGCGGACUCAAGUCGGAGGGAAAGUUCGCGGUGUCAGAAGAGUUCGCAUCCGAUUCUCGCCCAAGGAGGCUACCGCCAAGGCAAGGUUCGACGACUUUAUCCCUGGAACUGUGGUUCUGCCACCAGAGACCGAAGAGGAUGCGUCUGAGGCAGAGGGCGAGUCGAACCACAAUCAUGAGCAUCACGAGCACCACGAUCACAAGAGUAGUGGUCAUGCUCAUGAACCCAAUGGCUCCCAUGAACAAGGCGACGGUCUCAGGAACAGAAACAAGCAAUAG